AUGGAGCAGGUCAUCGUUGAAAGUGGCCACAUCCAGAAAGUAUUGGGAGUGAAGGAUGCAAGUGGCCAGUGUAUUUGCAGCAUGGAGCUGGCCCAUGUUAUCUUCCCUGCACGCAAGGUGGAGCAACUGGAGAGUGACUUCUACAACCUGACAAACCAUCUACAAAACAAUCUGAACAAGAUUUAUAAUAAGCAGGCAAUGAUGACUUCUAGUACAUCCAACUUAACUGACCUGGACAAACGCUUAAGAUAUGCAAAGGCCUUUGGAACCCAUGUUGAUUUGGACUUCAGAAAGCUUAUCAAUGACAUUCACACAGUGGUGUCCAUGGCUGAAUAUAUGAAGAAGAAUGCAACCACACCUUCUAGCCGAGCCAUGAUCAACAAUUUGAUUUCAGAGAUCAAUACUAUUGACACCCUGGUCACAAAAAUGGAAAAAUAUGACCGGAACAACAUAAUAACAGCACAACGUGAGGUCACUACCCUUCGGAAAAAGCUGGAGGACUGUGAGGAAAUGCUUAACCUUGAUGACAGCAGUGCUGGCCCUGUGGCAGGGCCAUCACCCAUUGGUACAUGUGAUCGUGGUAUGCUAAUUAAGGUCAGUGCUCCAGUGCUGGUGAAGCUCAACUGGAAAGGUUCUGAGUUUAAAGCUGGAUCGUGGGGGAAAGAUUUUGCCAUGGGAACUAAAUUUCCAGACCAUUAUUGGGUUUUUCCAGCCAACAAAGAUGAGCGGACAUUGGAGACCUACCGUCUAUACUCAUCAUACAAGAAAUUGUUGCUUUAUUCUCCCAUCCGAGAGUAUACCCUCAACAUUAAUUCCAAACCAACAUGUGAAAACUGUGGACAAGGGGGUGGAGUGAUUUUCUUCAAUGGUUCCUUUUUCUAUAACUGCUUUGACAGCAGGUCUCUGUGCAAGGCAGAUCCAUUUAGCAUGCGUGUUACACAGAUGGAGUUAGAAGAUCAGGAUCCUGCUUCUUUCAAUAAUUGGUUCUCCUAUAAAGGGGUCAAGUACCAGGAUAUGGACAUGGCUGGGGAUGAGAAGGGCCUAUGGAUGGUUCAUGGCUCUACCUUGGCCAAUGGGAAUAUGGUCAUUAGGAAGGUGGACCCAGAAACCUUGAAAACAGGAACACCAUGGAUUACCUCCCAGCCAAAGGAAAAACUGAGCAAUAGCUUCAUGAUCUGUGGCAUGUUGUAUGCCACCAGGCGGAAGAAUUCAACUCAUGAGGAGAUCUAUUACGUAUAUGACACUAACACAUCUCAGGAACGCAAUAUCCAAAUUUAUAUGGAGAAACCUCUUCCUACAGUGCAGAGUAUGAGUUACAAUCCCAAUGACCAAAAGCUCUACAUGUUCAAUGAUGCCUACCUGGUGUAUUACAAUCUCAUGUUCUCAAAAGAGCCAAAGGGCAUGGCAAGGCAGGCUAUUCUUUCUGAGCAGCAGAAGGAUCCUGGCACUGAGGGACUCCAGAGUGUGGUGAACAGGGAAGGAAGCAAGGAAAAGCCAAGUCCCACUAGUAACCAGCAACAAGGCUCAGGAAGCACAGGAGGAGACAGUUCUAAUCAGGAAGAAAGCCCUAUUACUCUUAGCAUAGGAAGACAAGAAGCUGUGCGGGCAGGCAGCCAUACUAUUGCUAGUGAGUGA